AUGCUGAUCACCAUGAAACAUAACCCAGGUGCCAUAUCUGCACAAGCAGUUCCUGCCAUCCUUCCACUGGAGUAUAUUCAUCUGGACAUCAGAUUUCACAGGCUCAUUUCAGCAAACACAUCUGAAAGUGACAAUGAUGAAGUUGAUGGCAACAAUAUAUGUGGUUUGAGAAAGAAAAAGGGAGUUAGAGGUCCUACAAAAUAUGUUCCUCCUUUAGAAAAUGAGAAGAUGGAUCUGUCUCACACCUCAAAAAUCCCAGAUACUACUCACCUUCAAGAAACCACUGGCUGCUCAGAACCUCAAUCUCUGAAAAACCUGACUAACUUUCCUCCAGAACAAGAGGAGAGAGGAAGUUCUGACAGUUCCCGUUCUGGCAGUGAUGUGAAAGAAGAUAUGUCUGGAGCAACAGAAGAUAUCCAGGAAAACACUGAUCCUGGAAAAAAAAUAAUAGGGAAAGUGCAUGAGGAAAUAGAUAUACCAGCUAAAACGCAGCAACCCAUGGGUGUGCAGCCUGCAAGAAGUGCAGGGAAAGCUUGGUGCGCAGAGUCAGCAAGCAGAGGAGAGGAGGGUAAGAAGGCAGAGAGUAAGCAGGAAGAAAGGGAUAGGAUGGAAGAAGAUGUUAAAUUUCAUGUGACAAAGACAGGCUCCAUGUGCAGUACUAUAACCACAAAAGGAAGCAGUACUAGAGAGUCCUUCACAGGGGCACCCGACGUUUCUAAACGAAGGCUACAAGAGUUGACAAACCUGUUGAGUGAAGGUCCUCUGUCUGCUCAUGGGCCCAAUUACAGUGGCAUGGCAGGUGGCACUUUUUCUCAGAAAAAUGUGAAACCUUGGGAGAAAAGAGCUGACAAGCAGGGCCGACUCUUUGAGACUUUUAGUCACCAUUUUGGAGAGCAGAAUCGGAAGUCCCACAGUUUCCACAAGGAGGGAGUGGAGCAGCAGAGCAAAUCUCUCCUGGUCCUCAGCUGUGCUGGGUCUGAUCAACAGCAACCAGCAGGAUGUGACAUGGAUCAACUUAUUCUAGGAAUAUCAUCAGCUUCUACACAUGCAGAAAGCACAACUCCCGAGAUUCAAUUUGACUCCUCUGCAAACCACAAUGCAUCCAGCAGAGAGCUUGAUGUAAACGGCCUUGGAAUUCCAACUCUCCUUCACCUCUUCUCUCAUAUUGAAUUUAUUGAGCAACAGAUGGCCAGGGACAACGUACAGUUUGUCAGAUUUGAAUCAAUAGAUCUCCAUGGUGUGUCAAGAUCAAAGAAUAUUCCUUCUCGCUUUUUUCAUGAGAAAGCGAUUAAUGGUGUUGCCAUGCCCAGAAGUUACCUUGAGCUGACGCUGAAUCCCAAAGAUAAUGAAUUAGAUUACAUAAAUGCAACCAAUUUUAACUGUGACAUAAUUCUGAACCCCGAUUUAUCAACGUUUCGAAUACUACCCUGGACUGAGCAGACUGCAAGAGUGAUAUGUGAUUCCUUCACUGUGCUGGGCAACCCAUUAAUGACCUCACCGAGGCACAUUGCCAAGAAACAGCUGAGCCAGCUUCAGGACAAUGGCUUUUCUCUGCACUCUGCCUUCACUUAUGAAUUUUGUAUUUAUGGCAUUACUGAGGUUGUAAAUUCGAAGACAAUAUCCUUUCCUGCAGCCACAAUACUAAAUAACCAUGACCAGACUUUCAUUCAGGAACUUGUUGAAGGAAUGUAUUAUGCUGGUGCCAACAUUGAAAGCUUUUCUUCUUCCACUGGACCUGGGCAAAUGGAGAUCACUUUUCAUCCAGCAUUUGGCAUAGAUGCUGCUGACAGUGCCUUCACAUUUAGAACAGGCAUUAAAGAGGUGGCUAAGAAGUAUAAUUAUGUGGCUAGCUUUUUCUCAGAAUCAGGAUUCUACAAUUCAGGGGCUCUGUCACAUAGCCUAUGGGAUCUGAAUGGCCAGAAAAAUUUGUUUUCUGCUGGUUAUGGAGUUGAGGAGCUCUCAGAUGUUGGAAAAAAUUGGUUAUCGGGUCUCUUGGCACACACAGCAGCUAUCAGCUGCUUGAUGGCUCCUACCACCAGCUGCCGUAAGCCUUAUUCAAAAUACAGUAAAGAAUCAAAAGAGACUGUAAAUGCAAAAUGGGCAUAUAAUGAUAACAGUUGUGCCUUUAAUGUCAAAUGUCAUGGUGGAAAAGGCACUCACAUAGAGAAUAAAUUAAGUUCCGCUACAGCUAAUCCCUACCUGGUUCUUGCUGCUACUAUUGCUGCAGGUCUAGAUGGAGUAAAGAGAGGACUUAGAUAUGAUGAUGAUGAAAUGCUCCAAGAGGAGAAUGACACUUCUGAUCUGAAACAUUCAUCAGUGCCUCUGAAACUGGAAGAUGCUCUUGUUGCACUAGAGAAAGAUUCGUGCAUAAGGGAAGCACUAGGUGAAACUUUUGUCCGAUAUUUUAUUGCCAUGAAACGCUAUGAGUUAGAAACUGAAGAAAUGGAUAGCGAAAGGAAUAAGUGCUUGGGGUAUUUUAUUUAA